UCAAAACAACUUUCGAUAUGUCGUUCUGAACAUCCCCCUUUCACCCGAAGCUGAACCAUUUUUCGAUGUUUCAUUCGAGAGUUUUCAUUUAAUUUCCUGGUCUCACUUCACUGUUUCAUGGAUUCAGAAUGCUAGAUGUACAUUGCUGUGAUCACGAACAAUGUGGCUCUUCGGUUAUUGAUUUAUCAACACCUCAUACUCUGCAAAGAGAUUUCAAUAAUUGGCUCAAUGGAAUAGAAGUACCAAAUUCUUACGAGUCUCAACAAAGUGACUCAUCUUCAUCAGUUGAUGAAUCAGGCUCCAAGACAUCUUCCCCUACGUCAAUGCAACAGAAUCCGUCACAAGACGGCAGGAAAAAUCGGAAAAAAGGGACAAAUCUCUAUGGUCGACCUUAUUGUCCUGGUCGACCGUUAUCGAUGGAAGAAAGAACUCGAAUUAUUCAAUUACAUAAUAAUGGAAUGAAAGUCAACGCCAUUUCAAAAUCUUUGUGUAUUUCGCAUGGCUGUGUAAGUAAAAUUAUCAGUCGAUUUCGAGCGACGGGAGUACUUCUUCCUGCAUGUUCUCCCGAACAAAGAAAAUCUCGAAAACGGAAAUCGUCAAUGGAAGGUUCAGCAAUGGAACAAAGUUUUAUUCCAGUUUUUGUCUCGAUGCAAGAUGCAAAUGGAAAUGAGUAUCUAAACGAAUAUUACAGUAUCCCGGUCGGAAACAAUGAUGGUUCAGGUUAUGAUUAUCCGGUGUCAAUAUAAGCUUAGUUAAUUCCCAUUCGAUCUCAUAUUCACUCUUUCAUUCUUAAAUUGCUAGGCAGGUACAAAUAUGUGUAUUUAACUUGUACUGUUUAUUAGACAGACAUCAUUUUUCUUCUCACUUUCUGGACAGAUGUGAAAAAUAAAUCAAUGAAUAUACA